GACCUUGCUCAAUGAAGAAAGAGAAAAACCUGGGAAACGGGUGGGCAGCUUGAGCUGUUGAGGAAGUUUCUUGGUUUAAAGGGCUGCAUGAGCCACUUAGUCUACUAAGGAAAUGAAAAUAUUUUCAAAUCCUCUUCUUUAAAUCUGCUGCUUCUGGGGGAGAGGUUAAAGGGAAAGGGUUAGGUUGCAGUGAGUUGCAACCAGCUGUUGACAGGCUUGGCAAAAGGUGAAAAACAAAACUGCAAAGCUGGGGCUCCGGAGCGAGAUGAACAUGUUUUUGGGGGCAUGUGGGGAAGGCUCCGAGACUCUCCUACAUGGAGAAUUUGGUGCCCACCCUCCGAAGGGGACCCGCUAUGCCCUCAGCCUCACGCGGACAGAGUUGCAUAUCCAGCGUCUGGUGCCCAAGCCGGAUACAGAUCACCGGACAGUGUUGCAGCUGAUUGAUGUGGUGGGGUGCCACACAAUGCGCAGCCACACAAUUGCGAACCAGUCAGCUUUCUUCAGUGUCUACGCUUACCCGCUGAAGAAGAGGAAGGUGGCGGUGAGCUCUGGGCGGGUGCGGCAGCGGACUGCGAGGACCUUUCAGGUGGAUAGCGCAGAGUGCUACGAGGAUAACCUAAAAGUGGCCGAGAGGUGGGCAGCUGCCAUCAAGUGCCUGGUCUUGGGGAUCCCCAUCUCGAGCGAAACAGAGAUCAGCCGCAGCCUCCUGCCCCGUCCCCGUCGCCUGCUCCUGCUGCUGAACCCCUUUGGAGGCAAGGGCAAUGCCCUGCAGUGGUGCCAGAAUCACAUCCUCCCCAUGAUCACAGAGGCUGACAUCGGCUUCAACUUGAUCCAGACAGAGAGACAGAACCAUGCCCGGGAGCUGGUACAGAACAUCAACUUGGCUGAGUGGGAUGGCAUUGUAUCCAUUUCAGGAGAUGGGCUUCUAUAUGAGGUUAUUAAUGGCUUGAUGGAACGGCCGGACUGGGAAGAAGCUAUAAAAAUGCCCCUUGGUAUUCUCCCUUGUGGGUCUGGAAAUGCGGUAGCUGCAGCCAUAAACUUUAGAGCUGGGUUUGAGCACACCUUGGGCCAGGAGCUGCUCACAAGCUGCACCCUCCUGCUCUGCCACGGGGCAGUGACCCCCUUGGACCUGGUGUCGGUCACAACCGCGUCGGGCUCCCGUUCCUUCUCCUUUCUGAGCGUGGCCUGGGGCUUCAUCUCCGAUGUGGACAUUGAGAGUGAGAAGUUCCGGCACAUCGGCCCGGCUCGCUUCACCUUGGGGACAAUGGUCCGUCUGGCCUCCAUGAACACUUACCGGGGGCGCCUCUCCUACCUGCCCGCCCCGGAAGGCACGGCCCACCGCCCCAUCUUGCGCAGUAUCACCAUGGCAGCCAACGGGAGCCUCCCCUUCCAGCACGGGCCGCUCCACCGCACCGUCUCUGACCUGGGCCUGUGCAAGGAACGUCACACCCUCUGCUUCCAGGAGGUGGAGCCUGCCAACGAGCCCACCCCCUCGCCCAACUCCCCACCCUCUUCCUCCAGCUUCAGCUCUUCCAGCUUCAGCUUCGAGAACCUGUCAGAGGAGCUCGUGGCUGACCGCAGGGAGACGCGGGAGGCAGGGCUGCCCAUGACCGCACCUGCCGUCUCGCUGUCUCCCCAGCAGGUGCACGGCCCCCCCGACGAGUUCCUGGCACCUCUGGACCAGCCGGUGCCCAAGUCGUGGGUGACAGUAGAAGAGGACUUUGUCUCUGUGCUGGCCAUCUACCAGUCUCACCUGGGAGCCGACCUGUUCAUGGCGCCCUUUGCCUGCUUCAAUGACGGCCUCAUCCACCUUUUCUACAUCAAGGCGGGCAUCUCCCGGGCAGCCCUGAUCCGCUUGUUCUUGGCCACGGAGAAGGGCACUCACUUUGACAUUGAGUGCCCGCACUUCAUCCACAUUCCUGUCCGGGCCUUCCGCAUCGAGCCCCUCACUCGCAAGGGCAUUCUCACCAUUGACGGAGAGAGGGUGGAAUACGGCCCCAUCCAGGGGCAGAUCCACCACGCGGUGGCCAAUCUAAUCACCGGCGUGAACCAGGUGAAGAUCACAGCGUUCUGACCCAGGACACAGGAGCACUUCGCAGAUCUGAUGUAACUUUCGUUCUCUUCUGCCCCUUUGCUGCAAAGAGGGACCCUGAGGCUUGGGAUUGGGGGUACUGUCUGUGUGGGUGUUCUGACUUGCAAUGUUCCCUCCAGCCACCAGAUGGCAAGCUGCUUAAAACCUCCCUCUGCCCUUCUAGGCCUUGGCACACACAUACCAUAUAUUCCUUUUAUGAGCCUUUGGGUGGCAAGUCUUGCCCACUCCCCAUGAUCCUCUGCUGCUGUCCAUGCAAUGGUUUGAAUGUUGACCUCCUUCCUUCCUUCCUUCCUCACCCACCUGCAUAGGCCUGGUUUUGCCAACCUGUUUUGCAUCUCCCAUCAAGAAGGAGCAGCUUGGCUACAGGACCCUUGGUGUGGUUUGGGUCAAGAAGUGAUGUAGCCUUUCCUCCCCUACAAGGACUUACCAUCCUCUCCACCUUGUUCCUUUUUGGGGAGGCGCUUCUAUUCUACUUUUCCAACCACUUGCCCCAGAGACGGGGGACACUUCUGCACUACCCUGCUUGCCAGUCUGGGGCAGUAACACUGAAGACUCCCAUCCCUUUGCAGCUCAUGGUUCAGGGCCAUGUCUGAAGUGAUGGGGAGAGAGAUGCUGGUGUGGCUUGGAGAAAUGAGGGGGGCACUGAGUGGGUUGGGGAAAUGCACAUUCCACACCAACUUGGGACCAAGAGUCACGU